CGCGCGCCGGCAAGAUGGCGGCUGCAGCGGGCUCGUUGCGGGGUCUGCGCCGCCUGUGCCGAGUGCUGCUCUUCCUCUCGCAAUUCUACAUUCUGUCGGGCGGUGAGAGUACCGAAAUCCCACCUUAUGUGAUGAAGUGUCCAAGCAAUGGUUUGUGUAGCAGACUUCCUGCAGACUGUAUAGACUGCACGACAAAUUUCUCCUGUGUCUAUGGGAAGCCUGUCACUUUUGACUGUACAGUGAAACCUUCUGUUACCUGUGUUGAUCAAGACUUCAAAUCCCAAAAGAACUUCAUCAUCAACAUGACUUGCAGAUUUUGCUGGCAGCUUCCUGAAACAGACUAUGAGUGUUCCAGUUCCACCAGCUGCAUGACAGUGUCCUGUCCUCGGCAGCGCCAUAUUGCCAACUGCACAGUGCGGGACCACAUUCAUUGCUUGGGUAACCGUACUUUUCCCAAAAUGCUGUAUUGCAAUUGGACUGGAGGCUAUAAGUGGUCUACUGCUUUGGCUCUAAGCAUCACCCUUGGUGGGUUUGGAGCAGACCGUUUCUACCUGGGCCAGUGGCGAGAAGGCCUCGGCAAACUCUUCAGCUUUGGUGGCCUGGGAAUAUGGACACUAAUAGACGUCUUGCUAAUUGGAGUUGGCUACGUUGGACCAGCAGAUGGCUCUUUGUACAUUUAGCUGUGGUAUGUGCUUCAGAAAAGAGCAGUGCUUAGAAAAAGUCCUUUUGCCUGUGGGGGUUGAUGUGGUGUGAGUAAUGUGUUUGUAUGUUUUAAUGUACAGCAUCUGUACUUUGCUUGCCUUGAUGAAGGUAAAAUAAAGAAAUGAAACACUGAACCAUGCUAAUCUGGGAUUCGUUUUUAUUUGCCUGAAACAUUUUUUUUCUAUGAAAAAAUUUAAACUUAUUUAAGCCAGAAGGACAAAUUUUGCAGUGAUUUAAAGUCCAUUUAAUUCCUGAUUUUAGUUUUGUAUUGCUUAAGUCAAACUGUAUCACUUGUAUCUCCAGCUUGAAUGUAAUGUGUCUUGAAAAGUCUUUCAGCUGUGAUUGCAGGAAAUGGGAAGAAUUUUUAUUCUAUUAGCUAAAUAAAGUUAUCUACCUAAAGAUGUGUAAGCUUACCAAUGUAAUAUCUAUGUAGUAUGAUCUUUAUAUAUGAUUGUUUGAAGUAAACCACAGAGCUUUUGUGUCUAGUUGCUGUGAUUUGAAUUUCGUUAGUAAUAUAAAAGGUUGAAGAGUACAGAAAAAUUAAUAAAACUGCAAAUUACUCUAAGAAA